UAUCAUAUCCCUAAUAUUCGUUACAUUCAUACCCGCUUACUUAUUUCCAGCACCAUAAAUCUAGAAGUUAGUUCCCAAGUAAUUGAUCCAAACACCUACCCUACUACAAACAGUCGCACCUCUUCUUCCCCUGUCACUGCACCUUUCAUAUUCUACAAUCAUAAUGCGCACCCAAACCACAUGGAUGGCGCUUUUCUGCGCGAUGCUCUUACUGAUGAAGCUAGCGCACGCGGAUAACCUUGCGCUGAACGUUGAUGUCUCCCCUCUCUCUGACGAUAUAAUGAAACCAGCAGCGCCAAAUAUGUUGGCAUUACCACUGGGCACGGUUCUGGGUGACAACCCUGCUUGCACUGUCCCUAAUUGCGAUGCAUGCAACCCAACAGAUGCUAACAAGUGUACAAACUGCCAUAUCGGGUACACUGUCAUAAAGGACGGAUGUGGACCAUGUACUCAUAAGCACUGCAAAACAUGCAGCACUCAUACUAAUAAGUGCACAAGCUGCGCUUUCGGAUACGGUUUGAAAGAUGGCGCAUGUGUACGAUGUACUGUCAAAUACUGUGACAUAUGCAGCACUGAUGCUAACAUGUGUACAAGCUGCUAUCCCGGACUCGGUGUAAAAGAUGGCGCAUGUGUACGAUGUGAAGACAAAUAUUGCAAAACAUGCAAUACCGAUGCUAACAAGUGUACAAAAUGCUCUGCAGAAUACGGUGUGAAAGAUGGCAUUUGUGCACCAUGUACUGACAAGGCGUGUUUUAUAUGCGGCACAGAUUUUACCAAAUGUUCAAUUUGCAAUACCGGGUAUACUCUGAAAGAUGGCGCAUGUGCACCAUGUACUGAUAUAUACUGUUUCCUUUCCAGCAUCAAUGCUAUCAACUGUUCGAUCUUUAUUGCCGGAUACGGUUUGAAAGAUGGCGCAUGUCCACCAUGUACUGAUAAAAACUGUUUUUUUUGCACCCACGAUGCUAACAAGUGUACGAUCUGCUAUGCCGGAUACGGUUUGAAAGAGGGCGCAUGUGUACGAUGUACUGAUAAAAAGUGUUUCUUAUGUAGGACCGAUCCUAACAAGUGUACGACCUGUAUUGACAGAUACGGUGUGAAAGAUGACACAUGUGUACCAUGUACUGACUAUAUGUGCGAAACAUGCAGCACCGAUGCUAACAAGUGUACAAAAUGCUAUGCAGGAUACGGUGUGAAACUUGGCACAUGUGUACCAUGUACUGACAACAACUGUGCCUUUUGCAGCACCGAUGCUAACAAGUGUAUAUACUGCAGUCUCGGGUUUGUACUGAGUACUCAAGGCAAAGGUUGCGUAAAAUCCUAA